GUUUACUUACGCAGGUUGUGAUGUAAAUUACUAUUUAUGUGUACCUUUAUCGCCGCCCACUAUUUAUGUGAACCAUCAACGUUUCAUUGGUUUUAGUUUUGUCACAAAAUGUACCUCGUUACCGUGGUACUUCUUCUACAAUCAGUGUCCAUCCUAUGCAGCAACAUAUUAGGCGUGUUCAUAUUCCCUUCAGUUAGCCACCAAAGCGUCUUUCAGUCAAUCUGGAAAGAACUGUCCUUGAAAGGUCACAACGUUACCGUGAUAACACCAAAUCCUUUAAACGACCCAACCUUGACAAAUCUAACUGAAAUUAGUAUUAGCUUCACCUACAACUUUCUGAAACAAAGCACAAUCCCAAAACUUUUGUCAAAAGAAGGCAACAUUUUCCACAACUAUGAUGCUACUGCCCGCUUUAUGGAUAUUAUUGUAGAAGCCGAACUCAACAGUACUGGCUUCAAAGAACUGAUAGCUGAUCAGUCCAGACGUUUUGAUUUGAUUUUUGUUGAAUUUCUUCAUCCAAUUGUGUACGCUUUAGGAGGGAGAUUCGAAGCACCUGUCAUUGGAGUUUCGGCCUUUGGAAUAAUGUCGGUCCACCAUAACAUUAUUGGUAAUCCAAGACAUCCAGUACUGUAUCCAGAUCUUUUAUUUGGUUUCUAUAAUAUCGAGUCGUCAGUGUGGAAAAAAAUUAAAAGUGGAUUAUGGAACGUGUGGACGGAGUACUACCACCAUGUUAUUUGGGUACCAAGAGAACAUAGAGUUGCCAAGAAAUACUUUGGUGAAGAUUUGCCGUUCUUAGGGGAUCUCGAGAAGGCUCAAAAUAUGUUUUUUCUAAAUGUAAACCCUUUGUUGUAUCCGCUGAGGCCCAACGUGCCGGCUAUAGUCGAAAUGGGGCAAAUGCACAUCAAACCGGUACAACCGCUUCCUCAAGAUUUGCAACAAAUAUUAGACGAUGCCACCAAAGGUGUGAUCUAUGUCAGCUUAGGUUCGAACGUCAAAAGCGUAAAUUUAGAUGAAAAACUGAGGAAUACAAUAGUAGAAGCCUUAUCUGAAUUACCUUACAAAGUUUUGUGGAAAUGGGAGUACGAAUCUUUGCCUGGAAAACCAAAGAACGUGGUAACAAGAAACUGGUUUCCCCAACAGGAUCUCCUUGCACAUCGAAACAUUCGUGCUUUCGUUACACAAGGGGGUCUUCAAUCCAUUGAAGAAGCAGUCUCUAGAGGGGUACCACUUAUUGGGAUGCCUUUCAUGGGAGAUCAGCCUUCAAAUGUGCAAAAGAUCGUAGACACGGGGAUCGGGGUAGGUGUUGAUCCAAGUACCGUGAGCAAGGAGGAACUAAGACAAUGUAUAAUUCAGGUUGCCGAAAACAAUAAAUAUAAAAAACGAAUCGAAGAAAGUCGUAAACUUUUGUACGAUAAGCCGAUGACGGGGCUGGAAAAGGUUGUUUGGUGGGCUGAGUACGUUAUAAGGCAUAAGGGAGCAAUACAUUUGAGGAGUCCAGGGGCUGAUUUUUCUUGGUUUGAGUAUUUAUUAGUGCAAGUUGUCUUAGUAGUAACGAUUAUCAUUAUUACUAUAAUUUAUCUCUUGUAUAAAGUAAGGUCGUAUAUUAAAUAA